AUGCGACAGAGACGACAAAGCAGUACGUUAUACUCUUCGUUUACCACCAAGACGUCAGUCGCUACUCAAGGAAUCGCCGUCGAGACACUCACCACAACGUUAAAUAAAAGUCUGGAACCUGUGAUUCAAGUGAUAUUAAAACAUGGAGGGGAUAUCAUAAAAUUCGCAGGUGACGCACUUAUUGUCAUGUGGGAAACUGAAGCUUCACAUGGCAACGUCACACCAGCAGGAGAGUUGGUAUAUCGUGCUGUUUGUUGUGCGUUGGAGGCUUUACACGCACUUAAGGGAACAGACACGGAGCAAGACGGUGAAGUCUCACAUGAACAACUACUUGGAAUGCACGUGGGUAUUGGUGUAAGCAACAUGACUGGAAACCACGUUGGAGGAGUUUUAAACCGAUGGGAAUUUUACCUUAGCGGAGAUGCCAAUCGACAGAUGAGUUUUGCCGAAGAGAACGCGAAAAAAGGGCAAUUGGCGCUCUCUCCUGAAGCUUACGACGCGUUAGAAACGCGAUUUGGUACACUAGUAGAACUAGAUGUGGUGUGUCAUGCAAGUGGGAACUAUCUGAUCUUGGAGACGCCAGGAGAUUCUGACUUAAUCGGGUUUCUUCGCUGUUACGUACCUGGAGCGAUUGUCUCGCACUUGCAAAAGGGGCUUGCGCUCACUCCUUGUCGACUGAAUGUCACCGUCGCGUUUGUGAAACUUGAAGGUGUGAUUGAGAUAAAAGACGCACAGACGCAGUUGCAGACCAUCCACCAGAAUUUGUGUACUAUUCAAGAGUGUGCGUACAAGGCGCAAGGCAUGCUGCGUCAGUUCCUUAUCGACGAUAAAGGAGCCGUCGCUAUCGUCGGAAUCGGUCUUCCUCCGUUUUUUCAUGAAAAUAACGCUUUCCGCGGCGUUAAAUUCGCGACCUAUGUCCUGGAAAGUGGAGUGAGAGCUUCCAUCGGAGUUACAACAGGCUCGGUAUAUUGCGGCUCUGUUGGAAGCAGUGCUCGUGCAGAGUUUGCAGUAGUGGGGGACUCGAUCAACCUAGCGGCUCGGUUAAUGUCUAUCGCACCUGUGGGAGAAAUUUACUGUGAUGAUCGGACGCAUAAAGAGACAAAAGACGCGAUUCAUUUCCGCGAUACGCUAGAGAUGAAUGUGAAAGGGAAGAUCGAACCUAUCCAAGUAUUUCCCGUGCAGUUGUAUCCACACGCUUUCGAAGCGUCCACCGUUUCUUCUUCCGAGCCUACAUGCGCGGCACCGUAUCGAUCCAGUGACAUCUUAGACGCAGUGCCGCUUUUCGGCUCCAUACCGAAAUGUAACAUUAGCGAGACGAGUACCCACCGAGCCCUUGUGGUUUGUGGAGACAGUGGCACAGGCAAAACAAUGUUACUGAAUCACGUGGUACAACGACAUUCUCUGCUCUGUUUUAAGGGGAAUGGGGAUAGUAUGGAUACUGCUGAAGACUUCCACUCUUGGAAAAAUAUCGCGAAAGCUAUGGCUACAGUGACGGAAAAUACCGUCGACACAACUACUCAACGAAUCACUGUACUGGAGUAUUUGUUGCUUCAUCAGCAAGUUACGAAAGAAACGUUACGGUCUCUGCGUCAUUGGCUCCCAUACGAUGACGCAAGUACCACUGCCGAAUCGACAGCUGAAACAGGAGAAUGGUCUCUGAAAUCCUUUCGACAAGUCAUGGUCUCUAUGAUAGCUACUGUAAGCGCUGUGAAGCCCAUCCUGCUGGCUUUUGACGAUGCGCAAUGGAUGGAUAACCGGAGUUUAAGUCUCGUACUUAAAGUUCUCGAAGAACUCCCCAACGUGUAUUUCUUGAUCACUGUACGAGGGAUAUCCAAACAUACGGCGAGUGCAAGAUCGAUGCUACUUGCUCUAGUCAUGAGUCUUCCCAGUGUGGACACACGACAGAUGAACUGCUUCAGUCCUCAAGAAACAAGUCUCUUUCUAUGUCAACAGUACCAUAUCACCAUCAUGGAUACACAAGUUCUUAACUUUGUUUUCGAAAAAACAGAAGGCAAUCCAGGAUCACUCCUCAAGCUGGUAAACUUCAUGUUGGAUGCGAAAUAUAUCGCUGUCGAGCCAGAGAACAACAGCAUUGUGAUUCUCAAAGACUUGGAUGAAAUGGAUACAUUGGUACCGCAACAUAUUCGAGCACGCGUCAUGUCCAUCGUCGACUCACUAGACGCCCUCGCACAGACUGCAUUGAAGCUGUUAAGUAUCAACCCUCAACCGACUGAAGAACGAAUGGUAAAUGGCGUGUUAACGUUGUUGUCGAACGCAUAUUCAGACGGUAGUAUGACCGAAGCUAGUGGCAUUCGACUCAAGAUUUCGAAACCUACCACCGAUAUUUCACUACUACGUCAAGUCCGUGAAAGCCUCGUACCUUGCGAGAAAACGCUGCUAACGAUUGAUUCCCAUAACAAACUGUACUUUUUCGUAUCUGAAGAAAUGCGACUUGUGGUGUACGACACGAUGUUGCCAUCUCAACGCAAAGUGCUUCACGCUUUAUAUGCCGAAUGGCUCAAAUACGCUGCAAAGACUGGUCGAAAUUCACCCUCUCUAGCUACUACAGGGUCCGUGUCUUCAGCUGGAAAUUUACCGACUUCAGAGUCAACUAGAACGUCCACGAUUCAUCCGAUGCCUUAUCGACAGUACGCUUUAUUGGCCUAUCAUCUGUCGCAGUCCGACAAACCAAAAGAAGCGUUGGAAGCGUAUUAUCUCGCUGCAGAAGGUGCCAUGGAGGCCAAAGAGCUGGGCUUUGCCGAAGACUGUAUGCACACGUCUAUCAAGAUCUUAAACACACAUCCUCGUAUCAACGAUCUGUCGGAAUUGGAAACCAUUUUACUUCGCAGUCGUAUCGAGUUUAUUCGAGGAACUAUCGCCGUGGAGAACAACGACUUGAGUGUGGCGAUCACCCACUUGUCGUGUAUUACUCGGUUAUUUAACCGCAAAGGGAGUAUCUUACGAUACUAUUCCAUCAACAUUCAACGCGAAGGUCUGCCACUCCGUAGCUUUACGGGUAGUCGACGUACAAGUUUCCCCAUGUCCACAAACGACCCGAUACCUGCCACAAUUGGUUGUUUCAAUCUGGUGCCGAGCUCUCCAAAGCCGCGAUGUAUACCUCGUUUCUUCUCGUUUAACAACAUUUUCCCUUCCAGCUCACGAUUCGAUGCAAAAUUUAAUCGCAAAAUCACGACAAAGCCCCAAAAAGCAAAAAUUGCAACACGUCUGAGACCAAAUCGGAUCCAAGCAGAGCAAACGGUCGAAGCGUUGGACCAAAUUAAUUUCUACCGACGUAAGGCGUCAGCACUCAUCAAGCAGAUCAACUAUGCCAAGAAAAAGCAAGACGAACUGCAUCGACAUAUCCAGAAAUUCGCUCAACGAAGUCUUCAAGCGAAAGAUAAGAGAUGA